AUGCAGCACGAAGAUAUUGUAAAUCUAGGCGUGCUGGGGCGACUUUAUUCAGCCCGGAAUGUGUCAGGUUUCUACAGAUUAGGAAAUGCUCUUGCCGUAUGUGCAUAUUCAACGGAUGGACUCUCAAACGCCGAUUCCUGGUUCACUGAGCGAUUUUCGCGAGCCUUGUAUCAAACUGUCCAGUACCAUCCUUCACUUUGCUACGGAAUUGUGGACCAAACACAGGAAAGAGAAGCAGUCUUCCUCAGAUUACCAGCAAUUUACUACGAAGAUGUCGUAGAUUUCCGUGGGCAGGAUAUUCAGGAUCCGAGUGAGGAAGAUGAUGACCGGGCAAUUGAAGCUAUGCUCGAAGACUGGCAUGCAAAGAUUAUUACGGAUGGCCAUCAAAAACCAGCAUGGAGAGUAGUCAUCCUUAAGCAUGGAUCCCAAUGGGGUUCAGGAGCGCAAAAAGUUCCACCAAUUCAGAAAGUCAGUAUCGCAUUUCUAGCCAACCAUGCCAUUGCAGAUGGCAUAAGUCACGUGAAUUUUCAUCGAACGUUAUUCCACUUCUUUAACAACGAAAAUAAUGAAGAAGUUAUCUGGCCAUACACCGUCCCCAGGGACUUACGAUGCCCAGUCCUUCUGGAAGAUGUGGUCGACCUACUCGCUAAAGAUGAGGAAGACAUGCAUCACAUCAGUUACGACACUACAAAUCUCUGGUCGGGGACAAAUGUGUUUCUGCCCUCCCCGGCUGAGUAUGAAUCGGGUCUUCGCCUGAUUACCAUACCUUCAUCAAAAUUAAAGACAGUCCUGGGCUUCUGCAAGAGCAAACAGAUUAGUCUGACUGGUCUUCUCCAUGGGUUGGUUGUCUUAUAUCUCGCACGAACCGUUACCCCUGGAUGUGGAUUCAGGGCAGUCACGCCUUAUUCUAUGAGACAAUUCUCGAAAGUUUCCGACGACGAAAUCUGCAACCACGUGUCUGCUUUGGUGCAUGAUUUCCCAGAGCAUCUAGUUACAACCAUCCGCCUUGGCCCAGAGAGCCCGGCAGAAGACGCAAGAUCGAUCAUCCAAGUAGCCCAGAAGUUUUACCAUGAUAUGAGUGCCGAGUUGAAGCGCGCUCCGAAGAACAACAUUUGGGCCGCCCUGUUUGGUGACAUCGAUUGGUAUGCUCAGGCAAAAGCGCAAAUUGGGAAGAAGCGGGCAUUAACGUACGAAGUUUCGAAUGUGGGCAGUCAAAAGAUGUUCGAGACACUAGAACUUCAAGAAAAGUCUCUUCUAAGAUUGGAAAAGAUGGUGGUCUCGCAAUGUGGCUCUGUUUCGGGACCAGUUGUAGCAGUCAGUUGUAUCAGUACCCCAGGCGGCCCAUUGACAAUCACACUUGCAUGGCAGAAGGGAAGCUGUGAAGACAAACUCAUAAAUGACAUGGCGGCAUAUUUAAGUAGCCGUCUAGUGGAAGAUUUUGGGGGUGUAACAGAAGCUUAA